CUGUGAAGCUCCCGAGGUCAAUUCUCAAUAAGACUCGCUCUGACCAUAAGACCGGCUCUUCUUCCGUGCUAUCCAUUUUUCCAUGUCUCUGAAGCGAAGUACAAGAUCAGCUCGAAGCAUUGCUUAUGAUAACGUAAGUGUCAACGCUCAACUUAACGUUCUGGAACAGAAAUAUCCUCAUACGGAGAUGCUUGGCUCCGCCCGGUCAUGCAUGCAUGCUACCUUUUCGAGAUUUGAAGAGGUGACCAGGAGAAAUCAUGGUGAAUGCGAAGGUGAAAAAUUCGUACGCUAGUUCCGGAUACGAAUAAAUAUCAAAUGGCGAGACCUUUGUACUUUUGACUGCGAUUCAAUCAACGACCGCUCAAACACUCCAACCGCCACCACGGACGAGACCAACGUCACAAGCUACCUUCU